AUGGGUACCGGAAAGAAGGAAGCCUCUCGCAGAGAGCGCCAGGGGAAGGUGGGCGAUGGCAUGGCCAAUGUCCGCACCAAAGGCGAGAACUUUUAUCGCGAUGCGAAGAAGGUCCGCCAUCUUAACAUGUACAAAGAUGGCAAGGCCAAGCACGACGCCGAAGGAAAUGUUGUCAAAGCUGCUUCGUACCAGUCGCGAGAGCUCCCCAAUGCUCGGAUUGAGCCAAAUCGCAAGUGGUUCGGCAAUACCAGGGUGAUAUCACAAGAGGCAUUGACUUCCUUUCGCGAAGCGGUCGCCGAGCGAGCUUCAGACCCUUACCAGGUGCUUUUGAAGACCAACAAACUGCCCAUGAGUUUGAUCAGAGACGGUCAGGAACUCAAUGGUCUCAAGCAGCAUCGUGCCAAGAUGACAAUCGAAACGGCCCCUUUUGGUGACACUUUUGGGCCCAAGGCUCAGCGGAAACGCGUCAAGCUUGAUGUUGGCUCGUUGGAAGAUCUCGCUGGAGAGUCCGUCAAGAUGCAUGAUACAUACCUGGAACGCUUGGAUCAAGCUAAAUUGUUAAGUGGGAGGUCCGGUGAGGAUGAUUCCGAAGACACACCUAUCCUGGGAACUGCUCGAGAACAUGUCUUUUCCAAAGGCCAAAGCAAGCGCAUUUGGAACGAACUUUACAAGGUGAUCGACUCCUCAGAUGUUGUCAUCCACGUUCUGGACGCUCGCAAUCCUGAGGGAACAAGAUGCAGAAGUAUUGAAAAGUACAUUCGUGAAGAGGCUCCGCAUAAGCACCUUAUAUUUGUUCUAAAUAAGUGUGACUUGGUCCCUACAAAGGUAGCUGCUGCUUGGGUGCGCCAUCUUUCCAAGGACUACCCGACUCUUGCUUUCCAUGCUUCCAUCAACAAUUCCUUCGGCAAAGGAUCGCUCAUUCAGCUGUUGCGUCAGUUCUCAUCGCUUCACUCCGACCGCAAGCAGAUCUCCGUCGGCUUCAUCGGCUAUCCUAACACAGGCAAAUCUUCGAUUAUCAACACUCUCCGAAAGAAGAAGGUCUGCACAGUGGCCCCAAUUCCUGGAGAAACUAAAGUAUGGCAAUACAUUACAUUGAUGAAGAGAAUAUAUCUCAUCGACUGCCCGGGAGUUGUGCCCCCGAACAGCAAUGAUACCGAAGAAGACAUUUUGCUUCGAGGCGUUGUCCGAGUGGAAAAUGUUCACAAUCCCGAGCAAUAUAUCCCCGGUGUUUUAAAGAGGGUACAGAAGCGUCACAUCGAACGGACUUAUGAUAUCAAAGACUUUAAUGGAGAUGCCAUAGAAUUCCUUAGCGUACUGGCUCGUAAAGGAGGCAGACUUCUACGAGGCGGCGAGCCCGAUCUGGAUGGUGUUGCUAAAAUGGUGAUCAACGACUUUCUCCGAGGAAAAAUUCCUUGGUUUACGCCUCCCCCUCAUAGUGCUGCAAAUGAGGAUGAAAAGAUCGAAGGCAGAGAUGGUCGCCUGGGAGAAAUGUCCCGAAAACGCAAGAGGGAAACAGCAGCUCCGGCCUCUGAGGCAACGACCUCCGAAGCAAAAGACGAGCAAGAGUCUGGAGAAGACGAUGAUUUCGAGGGAUUCGACGACGACUCGGAAUCAGAGGGAGGAAUACACGUCUCGGAUGAUGAGGAGAGUGAAAAGGGCGAGGAUUGA